AUGGACGCUACCGUUAACCUGGCCGCGGCUCUUCGCCAACUUCGCAGUUUGCAUGACUCCCCUCAAAAGCUGCCAUACCGCUCCGCCGAGACAUAUCUCUGGAUUGAUGCAAUUUGUAUCAACCAAGCCGAUAUUGAAGAGAAAAACUAUCAAGUUCCACUCAUGGCAGAUAUAUACUCGGCUGCUGCUCGCGUGUUGGUCUGGCUGGGCCCUGGAGACCAAGGAACCGACCGUUUCAUGGACUGGCUUUUGUCAUCGUGGAGGCCUGCUCCUGGGUCCUCUUCCGAAAGAAGAGAAGCCUAUGUCCUGAAUCAACCCGCGUCAUCCGACCUGUACUGGCUGUCUCUCUCCAUCUUCCUGCGACAAUGGUUCAGCCGCAUCUGGAUUGUGCAGGAAGCUGUACUACCUGAAAAAGAUCCCCUUGUCAUGUGUGGAUCUAGGACAAUAUCCUUUGCGCACUUGGACGGAUGCUUGCGGGCCUUGGUAAAUGAUCACGGCUGGAUGGGUUACAAACCACCCUCGCCUCGGAUCAAGGCGUUCCUCGAGGAGCAUGUCAAGGACUUUGAUAACCCUGGGGAUGCCAUACAGCAAGUCUUUGUCAACAAUGCCCGAUUGAAAGGAUUGAUUGGCAUGCGGUCCUCCGAAAGCAGCAAGUGGCUUUACUCUUCAAUGGAGCAAGCAUUGUUGGACACGAUGCACCAUGAGGCUACCAAUACCAGGGACAAAAUUUACGGCCUGCUUGGGAUCAUCAAUGAAAAGUCGCGGCGCCGCGUCAUUGUCGACUAUAAGCUGGAAGUUUGGCAAAUAUCUUCUCAAGCAAUUAUUGCAAAUUCUAAAACUACUGGCUUCUUACAGGCAGCCAUCUCGCAGCGUCACCGCAGCAAUGUAGAAAUACGAGGCCCCCUACCAUCUUGGCUACCUGAUUUCACGCAAAAGCCUUGCUACGAAUCCAGCUUAUUCAAACUUCCAUGGAUUUGGAGGCACUACCAUGGAGAAGCUCGUCCGAGAUAUUCAACAGAUCACAAAGUCCUGACGGUCACAGCUACCAUGAUCGAUACGGUUCAAAUGACGAAGCUUUUGGAUUUUGACCCGUACGAGGGCCAGGAUGACUUGCGAGAGAUUGAACGCAUGGCCAAUACGGCACAAAUGAUCAUCCUCGGUGCUGAUCAUCCCCUGUAUUCCAUCCACCAUGACUUAAGAGUGGAAUUGUGGGUGGUUCUGAUGCUCAAUACGACUGCCACUUUUUUCAGCAACCUUGAUCCGCAUGAUAGGGUCGAAAAGCACCGAAGCCUAUACAAGCUGCUUGUCGAUGGCAACCCACAAGACAAGCCGAAACGACCGACAAACCUCAACGCGCUGUCAGACUGGUAUUGGACAGAAGAUGCGUCUCUGUCACUUUUCACCAAGGAGAUGCAUCGUCUGACGCACAAUCUUUCCUUUAUCGCCACGUCCAAUGGCUUCAUUGGCAUUGGCCCGCGCAACCUUGAGUCCGGUGAUAGACUUGCUAUUCUAGAGUACACAAGCUAUGUAGUGGCUCUGAGGCCGAGGAGAGACACGGAAACCACAAAAUACGUGAUCCUCGGUCCCGUGUUUAUUGCAGGACUGAGCGAAAGAUAUGGCAUGCUGGAAAAGUUGGGCCGGGACGGGAAGCUCACGAAUGAGAAGGUGGAUAUCGUAUGA